CGAUCCUUCUCUCUCCCACGCGCAAAGCAAAAAAAUUUCCCCUUUCCUCUCCACGCCAAGAAACGCAAAACCCCCACGCCGACCAAGGCGAGAAGCGCCGCCGCCGAAUCGAACCGCGAUCGCGCCCUUCUCCCGCCGCCCCCGCGCGCUCUUCUCCUCCUCGUCCUCGACGCCGCUGUGCCGGAGUUUAGGCGGAGAUCGAUCCGGAGCGGGGUUUCUCUUCUACCUGGUAGGCAAGGUUGAGGAAGAAAAGCUUGCUGAUUUGUGAUGGCUGCCCCAACUGCAACAGCUGUUUUUCUUGAUGAGAACCUGCAUAUCCAUAGGGGGCCUGCUGGCAAGAGGGCUGAUGGAUUGAAGGCCAAGCCACUGAAGCCAUUAGCAGCAAAGCAAGGGCUUCAAGAGAAGAAGGCCCUGAGGGAUGUAUCCAACAUUGGCAAGCCCCCGGUGUCUACGCGGAAGCCCCUGCAGGACGUGUCCAACACCGCCAAGCCCCGAGGGCGCAACAUUUCUGAUGGCACUACCUUGAAGAAGACUGCUCUUCGCAGCCAUGAGGCCACCAAGAACCCAGUGAAGAAGACUGUAAUCUUUUCUGAUGAGACCGCAAAAUGUCAUGAAUGGGCUAAGGAUGGGGUGGAGGGCACCCACUUCACUGGGAAUGAUUCUCAGAAGUUGGAAAAGGACAGUCAAGACAAACGUGUCAAGAAGAAGGUGGAGAAAAUAAUGUCAGCAUUGCACGACUGGCCAGACGCGGUAUUUGAUCAUGUGCUUUUUCCAUCUGAGGUGGUAGCAGCGUUUUUUGAAGAAGUAAAAGAGAUGGAGCUGGAACCUGAGAUUCUUCCAGAGAACAAUAGGCGUCGCUCAAGUUCAGGUGAUAAAAUGAAGCUGGCUGAAGAUCCUUUCACGGAAGACGAGCUUGACUACUACCCAUUUCUUGAGAACAAUCCCGUUGAGUUUCAGCUGAGAGAUGAGCUACCACUCCUGGAGCCUGGAAUGAACUGAAGAAUGCUAAUCUGCCCCACUUGAAAAGACCUCAGAACAGUGCUAUUAUCAUCAUUAUCCUCUUUGCAAACUCUACUUGCUCAGGAGCAGUUUAUUUGUAGUAGUAGUAGUAGUAACUAGUAUCCUAGAUGUUCUGCUGUAUGUGGUUGGUGUGAUAAUCAUUCACACUUUAGGAAGAACCCAAGUAGCGGAAGCAACUUUAGCUUCCUUUAUGUUCUGUGUCUUGGCUGAAAUACCCAUCAUUAAGCCAUUGUGUAAAUGGUAGUAGUAGUAAACUGUAGUGUAAGGAUUCUGCAGAAGUACAUGCGUGUGCCACUUCCUCUAUUACGAAUGCGUGCACAUGUGUUUGAUUUCCUGUUUAUAUUUUGUUCAGA